UUCCGCCAAGAUGGUUGUCGGUGCCUUUCCAAUCGCAAAGCUGCUCUAUCUGGGCGUACGACAACUGAGCAAACCAGUGGCCAACCGAAUAAAAGCAGGCGCACGGAGAAGUGAAUUCUUUAAGAAUUAUAUCUGCCAUCCCCCGGCCCAAGCAUACCACUGGAUCGAGAUGAGAACAAAGAUGAGGAUCAUGGGGUUCCGUGGCUCCACUAUCAAGCCUCUGAAUGAGGAGGCAGCUGCAGAGCUUGGAGCAGAGUUGCUCGGUGAGGCUAUCAUUUUCAUCAUUGGUGGGGGCUGCAUGGUGCUUGAGUACAGCCGGCAGGCCGCCAACUCCAGACGCAAGGAAGAGGAGCUGGCACAAACCAUUAACAAUCUUCAGACGCAACUAGGAGAGAUUGCACUAGCCACAGCGACCCUAGAUGCCCAAAUCAGAGAGGUUAACAGACUUCUGUUGUCCUAUCCAACUGCCCCAAGUCACAAAUAACAAUAUGCACCACUAAAGUAACACCCUGACUAAGAAGGGUAAAGACACUGGUUUAUUGGGACAUCUGAUUGUGCAGCACUGCCAUAUACAUGUACAUAAGUCUUGUUCAGGCCCUGCCAUAAACACAGAGUAAGCUCUGAUUGUAGUGUGAGAAUCAGCUCAGUGGCAAUUUAUGAUGAUUCAGCUCAACUCUCCUUGCUGACAUCUUGUCAACCAGGCUAUGUAAAAUAAGGAAGGAACAUAGAUCUCUGUGUUAGUGUGGGUGACAAGUGGCUGGCCACCACCAAAACAUAAUUAAAGGUUCCCAUGCCUUAUCUGUUUGGUUGAAAUAUGUUUUCACAUGAAAGCUUUAGUUAUUUGAUGACACUGUCAAACCAUUGUUAAAGGGUUAGUUCACCCAAAAAUUCUGUCAUCCGUUACUCAUCUUCAUAUUGUUUCAAACCCAUUUCUUCCUUCUGUGGAACACAAAAAGAGAUGUUAGGCAGAAAGCCUCAGUCAGCAUUCACUUUAAUUACAUUUUUUUUUUAAUAUACAAUGAAAGUGAAUGGGAACAUUCAGCCUUCAUUUGUUUUCCACAGAAGAAACAAAGUCAUAUGGGAAAAAUAUGAGAGUCAAUUACAGAAUUUUCAUUUUUGGGUGAACUAUCCCUUUGUUUUGACCACUUAUUACACUGCACAUCAGGACCUGCUUAGACAUGUUAUGCCAUAACAUUUCAGUAACUCUUUUCCUUUUUGGGUGAAAUGGUCACAAAGUAGAAAAAAAAAAAAAAAGUAAAAAAAAAGUUUUGAUCAAUACAAUACACUUCAAGGUGAUUAUGCUUUUGGGGUUUGGCAUUGAUUUCCUUUGUAGUGAGCGGUAAACCCCGAAAGUGAUCUGAAAAUGCACUUGAAUUGUGAAAACUUGAAUGACAAAUUACAUUUUAUCCCCCAGUAUAGGAAACAGAGACCCCAUCUCUGUGUGUGCUGCGAAAAAAUAAAUAAAUAAAUAAAUAAAUAAAAAAA